GCGGAGGGCAGCUGAGCGAGGGACCGCGCGGUGACCUCCUGUCGCCGUGCGCGCCCCUCCUGUUCCCUGCCGGGACCUAACCGGCUGCCGACAGCGACCCGGCCCCUUGGUGGCUGCGGCGUGGGAUCUCGUUGUCCCGCUGACUUAGCUGCGCUGCCCCGGCGCGAUGCGCUGAGAGCGUCCGGAUCCGUGCACCCGGGACCUCUGCUGCGCCCCGAGCCGCCCACACCAUGGGACCCGCGGGCACCGGGCGGAGCCUGUGGGCGCCGCCACCGCGGCUGCUGCUGCUGCUGCUCCUGCAGGUGGCAGGGCCGGCGGGCGCCCUGGCGGAGACCCUCCUGGACGCCCCCAGGGCCAGCGGGGCCAGCUCCAAUCCCCCCAGCCCCGCAAGCGUGGUGGCCCCGGGAACGACACCGUUUGAGGAAAGUCGGCUGCCAGUGUUCACACUGGAUUACCCCCACGUGCAAAUCCCCUUCGAGAUCACUCUGUGGAUCCUACUGGCCUCGCUGGCCAAGAUUGGCUUCCAUCUCUACCAUAAGUUGCCCACGAUUGUGCCUGAGAGCUGCCUUCUCAUAAUGGUUGGACUUCUACUAGGAGGGAUUAUCUUUGGUGUUGAUGAAAAAUCUCCCCCUGCAAUGAAGACCGAUGUAUUUUUCUUAUACCUCCUGCCCCCCAUCGUUCUGGAUGCUGGCUAUUUCAUGCCCACUCGCCCCUUCUUUGAGAACUUUGGCACCAUUUUUUGGUAUGCUGUGGUAGGCACACUGUGGAAUUCCAUUGGCAUUGGGGUAUCUUUGUUUGGCAUCUGCCAGAUUGAAGCGUUUGGCCUCAGUGACAUCACUCUGCUCCAGAACCUGCUCUUCGGGAGCUUGAUCUCAGCUGUCGAUCCUGUGGCUGUGCUCGCUGUCUUUGAGAACAUUCAUGUCAACGAACAACUCUACAUCCUGGUCUUUGGAGAGUCACUGCUCAAUGAUGCAGUCACAGUGGUCCUGUACAACUUGUUUAAGUCCUUCUGCCAGAUGAAAACCAUCGAGACCAUUGAUGUGUUUGCAGGCAUUGCUAACUUCUUCGUGGUGGGAAUUGGCGGGGUGCUGAUUGGCAUCUUCCUGGGAUUUAUAGCUGCAUUCACCACUCGUUUCACACAUAACAUCCGAGUGAUAGAGCCACUCUUUGUCUUCCUGUACAGCUAUUUGUCCUACAUCACAGCUGAAAUGUUCCACCUCUCAGGCAUCAUGGCAAUCACUGCGUGUGCCAUGACUAUGAAUAAGUAUGUAGAAGAAAAUGUAUCGCAGAAGUCUUACACAACCAUCAAGUAUUUCAUGAAGAUGCUGAGCAGCGUCAGUGAGACCUUGAUCUUCAUCUUCAUGGGUGUGUCCACUGUUGGGAAGAACCAUGAGUGGAACUGGGCUUUCGUCUGCUUCACCCUGGCCUUCUGUUUGAUCUGGAGAGCACUGGGCGUUUUUGUCCUGACUCAGGUGAUUAACUGGUUCCGGACCAUUCCCCUGACCUUCAAGGACCAGUUCAUCAUUGCCUACGGGGGGCUCCGAGGUGCCAUCUGUUUUGCGCUGGUGUUUCUCCUCCCUGCCACUGUGUUUCCCCGAAAGAAGCUGUUCAUCACGGCCGCCAUUGUUGUCAUUUUCUUCACUGUCUUCAUCCUGGGAAUUACUAUCCGACCACUGGUGGAGAUUCUUGAUGUUAAGCGAUCCAAUAAGAAGCAGCAAGCUGUCAGUGAGGAAAUCCACUGUCGGUUCUUUGAUCAUGUGAAGACUGGGAUUGAAGAUGUUUGUGGACACUGGGGUCACAACUUCUGGAGAGACAAGUUUAAGAAGUUUGAUGACAAAUACCUUCGGAAGCUUUUGAUUCGAGAAAACCAACCUAAGUCUAGCAUCGUGUCCUUAUAUAAAAAGCUUGAAAUAAAACACGCCAUUGAGAUGGCAGAGACUGGGAUGAUAAGUACUGUCCCUUCGUUUGCGUCUCUAAAUGAUUGCCGUGAAGAAAAAAUAAGGAAGCUCACGCCUGGUGAAAUGGAUGAAAUUCGAGAAAUAUUAUCACGGAAUCUCUAUCAAAUUCGUCAACGAACGUUGUCAUACAACAGACACAAUCUGACUGCUGACACAAGUGAGAGACAAGCCAAGGAGAUCCUGAUCCGCAGGCGGCACAGCUUGCGGGAGAGCCUCCGGAAGGACAGCAGCUUGACUCAGGAUCGCAGGGCUUCCACUUCAACUUCUCGGUAUUUAUCCUUACCUAAAAAUACAAAACUUCCAGAAAAGCUACAAAAGAAGAAGAAUAUUUCUAAUGCAGACGGUAAUAGUAGCGACUCAGAGACAGAUGCCGGGACCACCGUGCUUAAUUUGCAGCCCCGAACCAGACGCUUCUUGCCAGAGCAGUUCUCAAAGAAAACCUCCCAGACCUAUAAAAUGGAAUGGAAGAAUGAGGUGGACAUGGAUUCUGGGCGCGUUCAAACCAGCACCCUUCCAGCACAGCGCAGCAGCAAAGAGGGGGGCACCCAGACACCUGGAGUACUGAGGCAGCCCCUUCUCUCCAAAGACCAGUUUGGACGAGGCAGGGAAGACAGUUUGACUGAGGACGUUCCACCCAAGCCUCCUCCGAGGCUGGUGCGGAGAGCAUCGGAACCCGGGAACCGGAAAGGCUUCGGCAGGGAGAAGCCCUGAUGGAAAUAGCCAAAGCAGACUUGGCGUGAUUGAGCCACGAUGCUGUGGGUCAGUGAUUCUGAAAUCAACAGUGGAAUUCAUUUAAAACCCUCCAUCUAGAAAUGUUCUUUGGGUGGUAGAGUCAAGCCGCUGAUUCAUGAAUGAAUGCUUACCUGUCUCCAUCAGAGGAAAAUCAAAGGAAGUCCCACAAAACUACAGUGACUCAUUGCUGGUGACUGUAUUCAUUGCAGACCUGAAGGGAAAAAAAUCGUGUGCCUUUAUUGAACUCGAAUGACAGAACUUGAAAUUUUUAAUACACCUUUGUUGGUGAAAAUUUUAAUAUAUUACAAAUAUGCCUCAAUUUUUAUUUAUAAAAAUGUGUUUAUCUGCAGUGAUCAUUUUCUAAGGAAAUGAAACUAAAAGUGGUGAGAACACCUUUCCAAAGGGAGGAAGGUCUUUUUCAUCCUGAGCCAGUGGAAAAGUGGGUUCAAGAAGAAAUAGCCCAAAGAAAGACCUUGCUUGACUGGGUCCUGGGUGCUGUGGGAAUGUGUAGGCAGAUGAAGUCUCCUGGCUCCUAGGGAGUAGGUUGGAGGAUCCUGUAAGAGUCAGUCUAUUCUCAGCUCGUUCCUCUGUCUACCAUGGCUUUGAGGGUAACAUACAAGCUCCAUCUCUCCCUUCUUUCUAGGUGCAGAAAGAAAGGUUUGCUUGGGUAAAAUCAACCCAUGGUGUUUGACAGCCUAGAUGGCAGCUUGUGAGAUGGCCUACCUGAGGACUUCUUGUGGCCAGCAGGGAGAACAGGGCCCCACCGCCUACCACUUGGUGGGUUUUAUAUUGUGCAAUACUGAGAGGAAGAUGGAGUGACUCCUUUCAUCCCCAUCUGUGAACCCCUGCUCUAAUCAAAUUGUUCUCUAGCAUAUUCUAGAAGUUUGAGUCCAAGCCAAAGCUCCAAGCUGGCAAAGAUGAAAGUUUAUAUAAAUAAUAUUCCAGUGUUUAACAAAUCAGUGAGAUUUCGGGUUUUAACUUUUGAUCAGGAAGCACUUUAGAGAAUGUGGGAACCCUAGUUUUUGCACUAGUCUGUAAUUUGUUACCUCUUUGCCUUCAAUAAUGUAGUGAUUCAAAUUUGCCAUUAAAAUCAGAUUCUAUUCUUUGGAGCACUUUUUUAAAGUAUGGAAGACAGAGAAGAAG